AUGGCGGCGCUGGCUCGCGCGGGCCCCGCGCCGCUGGUGCGCUGCGCGCAGAAGGACGAGCUGUACCGGGGCGGGCUGCGCAACGGCGCCGGCGCCGCCGUCCACGGCCUCGCGGGUGCCAAGAGGUGGCUGGAAUGGAGGAGGGAGGUCGAGCUGCUCUCUGACAUCGCCUACUUCAGCCUCACCACCUUGUCAGGCUAUCAGACCCUGGGUGAAGAGUACGUGAACAUUGUUCAGGUUGACCCAACCAAGAAGAGGGUGCCCUCUUUUCUUCGACGGGCCAUCUUGAUUUCCCUUCACACUGUAGUACCCUAUUGCUUAGAAAAAGGAUUACUGCAUCUGGAGCACGAGUUGCAGAUAGAAGCCGACAGGCCUCGAACACAGCCGAACAACCUAGGAGGCAGCUGCCGGGAUAGGACCUUAGUACGAAACUGGAUACAGAAGCAAGUCGGGGAACUGUCACAGCAGCAGAAGAAAACACUCUUACAAAUUGUAUAUGUUCUUAAACAAUGCAUUCCUUUGCUGCGUCGACUGCAUCUGGCAAUAUUCUAUAUAAAUGGCAUGUUUUAUCACCUGUCUAAAAGGAUCACAGGAAUCACAUAUCUGUAUUUUGGAGGAUUGCAAAGAGAAGAUCAAAGCAUUCGGUCAAGUUACAAGUUUCUGGGAAUAAUUUCACUCUUUCAUCUUCUUCUAACGAUUGGUGUUCAGCUAUACAGCUUCAAACAGAAGCAGAGAGCAAGGCAGGAAUGGAAACUACAUCGCAAUCUGGCUCAUCAUAAAAAUGUGACUGAAGAAAAGUCUCCCGGGCGCCACUCCCGCUGCACGUUGUGUUUGGAAGAGCGGAGACACGCAACAGCCACACCCUGUGGCCACCUGUUCUGCUGGGAAUGCAUCACCGAGUGGUGCAACACCAAAGCAGAAUGUCCACUGUGCAGAGAGAAGUUUCAUCCUCAGAAACUGAUCUACCUACGUCACUAUCAACAGUAAAGCAAAAUAUCUUCUGUUUCAUAGCAAUGGCCUCAAGUCUCUUCCCUUUACAAAGUGGCCAUAGAGCUCAAGUUAGUCCAAGAACAAGGUUUUAUUAUAAAACUGAUAACUGCCUGUACAAGUUGGCAAUCAUUCCUGUUUUACAAAAUAAAUAUAUUUCUGACAUCA